AAUGGAAGUAGGAAUAACCUAUUAUAAUGAAUUGAAUCUUUUACAGACAUUCUAGGAGAGACAAGGUAUGGGUUAUAAGAUUAUUAGGGUUAUUUAGGUUGGACAUAAUGAAUACGAGAGUAAUAAUUAUAAUACAUAAAAUAAAAAUAAGAAGUUGAAUAAAAAGAAUAGUAAAUAUAUGAAAGAAUGAUCAUGUAGAUUUAAAUUAAAAUGUGAAAAAUAAUAAAAGGAUUUAUUGAGAUCUAUAUAAACAAUACUAAUAAACAGGGUUGUAUUCAAUU